AUGGACCCUCCACCCAUGGACCCAGAGGUUCCAACCUCCAGAUCUCGCAUUGCUAUCUUGGGUGCUGGUAGUGUCGGCAGCGCUAUAGCCCUAUGCCUCAUCCUUAACCCUGUGGCCAGUGAAGUCCUACUUGUUGACCCGAACACUGCGCAACGAGAUGCUCAAGUCAAAGACCUCGAAGACGCCACAACUUACCAUGGUGCUGUCGGCGGCGGAGGCGUUCGGAUCCGUGCGGGAACUCACAAGGAGGCUGGUCAAUGUGAUAUUGUGGUCAUCAGUGCCGGUGCGAAACAGAGACAUGGUGAGACAAGAACGGCCCUUCUGGGUCGUAACCUUGCAAUUCUGAAAUCCGCUACGAAUGACAUGAAACCGUUUUCAAAGCACACAGUCGUUCUACUUGUGGCCAAUCCAGUCGACGUCUUGACCUAUUUCUGUCAAAAGUUUUCUGGUCUCCCUCAGCAACAAGUUAUCGGGAGUGGUACUUUUCUCGACACCGCACGACUACGAGGGAUCCUUGCAGUAAAGUUGGGUGUGGAUGCGAGCAGUGUGCAUGCAUACGUGCUUGGGGAGCAUGGCGAGAGUCAAAUGGUAGCUUGGUCCUGCGCCACCGUGGGUGCCAUGCCAUUAGACCAAUGCCUUCCGCCGGGUACCGACCUCGACCGCAAAGCAAUUGCUUUGGAGGCAAAGGACAAAGCCGCUAAAAUCAUUGAAGCCAAAGGAGCAACCGCCUAUGGAAUUGGCGCGCUGAGUGCGGCCAUCUGCAAGUCAAUAUUGUUCGAUCAGCGCAUCGUGAGACCUAUCUCCCACUGGAUUGAGGAUCUUGGAUGUUGCUUGAGUCUUCCAGUCGUUCUGGGCCGAAAGGGUAUUGUUCGUUCCCUCAGUAUACCACUGAACAAGGAGGAGCAAGACCUCUUGAUCAGGAGUGCCGACACUUUGAAGCAGCUGAUAGCCGAGGCCGAGGACUCUCAACAGCGGGACUAA